UGAUGGCUUAGCCUAUGCGCAUGGUUCGUAGUAGUGUGCGUGCAGAGCGCGGCUGGCACGGCGUAAGUGUGUUUGGUGAAUGGCGUAGCGCGGCGGCCGCUGCGGAGGAGGAGGCGCCCCGGCGGUUUGGUACCGAGCGGAGAGGGAGAUGCACACGGCACUCGAGUGAGGAAUCAGAGAUGAAGGUACACAUGCACACAAAAUUUUGCCUCAUUUGUUUGCUGACAUUUAUCUUUCAUCAAUGCAACCAUUGCCAUGAAGAUGGCCAUGACCCUAAAGAGAGCCAUGUACACAACCAUAAUGACAGUCAGAUCUCGGAGGCACCAUAUCUCCAGAAUGGAGGAGCAGAAUCCUCACCAAGUAAACUUUCAGUGCUGGAAGCUGAAAAUGAACAAAAAUACUACAUUGAAAAACUUUUUGACCAUUAUGGUCAAAAUGGAAGAUUGUCAUUUUUUGGUCUUGAAAAACUGUUAACAAGCCUGGGUCUUGGAGAGUUAAAAGUAGUGGAGAUUAAUCAUGAGGAUAUUGGCCAUGAUCAUGUUUCCCACUUGGAUGCUUUAGACGUACAAGAAGGAAAGCAUUCUCAUUCUCAUAACCAUCCUCAUUCUCGUAGCCACUCAGGUCCAGAAAACCAAACUGUGAAUGGUGUAUCUACAAAGAGAAACCAUAAAUGUGAUCCUGAAAAAGACACAAUAGAGUCAUCGGUGAAACCUGCCAUUAAGCGUGUUCGUGACAACAAUCGUCGCCGCCACCACCAUCAGCAUCAUCAUCAUCACCACCUUGACCAUAAUGGUACUCAUCAUACUCAUAAUGAUUCAGUCAGUCAGAGUGAACAUGGAGACCCGAGCCAUGAACCUUCAACAGAGACAAACACUACCCAAGAACAACCUGAGAGAAAACUACAGACACACAUGAACAGGCAAAAGGGAAAGAAAUUCAGUGAGACAUUAGUAGAUACUGCACAAGAUGCUCAAGACCAUGAUCCAGGUGGUCAAUAUGAGCACAAUCAUGUUGAUAAACAUGAUCAUGUACACGAUGCAUCUCACUCACAUGUACGCAUUCACAAACGCCAUAAUGACCAGGCCACCGAUCAUAGACACCAAGAUCCUACUCCUGGUAACGAGGAUCGCCAUACCAGCAAGCGUGAAGCUCCUCAUAAACAGAUUAGUGUAAGAAACGAGGCCACCGGUCAUAGACACCAAGAUCCUACUCCUGGUAACGAGGAUCACCAUACCAGCAAGCGUGAAGCUCCUCAUAAACAGAUUAGUGUAAGAAACCAGGCCACCAGUCAUAGACACCAAGAUCCUACUCCUGGUAAUGAGGAUCGCCAUGCCAGCAAGCGUGAAGCUCCUCAGAAACAGAUUAGUGUAAGAAACAUCUUUUCAACACAUAGUCACAAGGAUCACAGUGAGGAUGAACAUCAACAUGAAGAGUGUUUAAAUGUCACUCAACUACUGCAGUACUAUGGUCUUGGAACCAACUCUCCAAUAUCUCCUGACUUGUUUACGUACCUGUGCCCUGCAUUACUGUAUCAGAUUGACAGAAGACUUUGUAUUGAGCAUUAUGAUAAUUUGCUGGUUGAAGACUUGAAGAAAGAUAAAAGUGAAGCAGCUACGAAUAAAGAUAAAAUAGGUGCAUCAGCCUGGCUUUGUGGUAUCAUUUCUAUCACUGUCAUUAGCCUGCUCUCCUUGUUAGGCGUGAUCUUGAUACCUAUCAUUAACCAAGGGUGCUUCAAAUUCCUUCUAACCUUCCUGGUUGCUCUGGCCGUUGGAACACUGAGUGGAGAUGCACUACUCCAUCUGUUGCCACAUUCGCAAGGAGGCCAUAACCACAGUCACCACGAGGACCACGGUCAUAUUCACGAACACAGGCAUUCUCAUGGACAUUCCCAUGGGCAUGGAACAGGAAAUGAAAGCUUUCUGGAAAAAUACGAUGCAGUAUUGAAAGGGCUCGUAGCUGUUGCCGGCAUUUAUCUUUUGUUCAUCAUUGAGCACUGUAUAAGAAUGUUUAAGCACUACAACAAACAAAAGUUUUGUUACAAACUAGGCACUGACAGUUAUCUGUUUCAGUCUAACCAGAAGUGGUGCAAGAAAAAACAGAAGACUGAAGAAUCACCAAUUGGAAGGAAGCUUUCAGAACACAAACUGAAUAAUAGGCCAAAUGCUGACUGGCUUCAGCUCAAACCUCUGGCAGGUGCCGAUGACUCAGUUGUAUCUGAAGAUCGAUUUAAUGAAACUGAACUAACUGAUCUAGAUGGCCAGUUGGAAUCCCCUCCUAAAAACUUUCUGUCUGUAGAAGAUGGAAACCACAUGCACCAUACUUACAAUGACGUUUCUCACUCUGUUCACGACCAUGAUCUUCAUGAUACAGAGUAUGAUGACAACCAUGGAGGGGAUAAAAUAGCUAGGAAACACAACCAUCACUGGCAUCACAAACAUUCCCAUCAUUCCCAUGGUCACUGCCAUUCUGGAAAGGACCUGAAAGAUACUGGAAUUGCUAAUAUAGCUUGGAUGGUAAUUAUGGGAGAUGGCAUCCACAAUUUUAGCGAUGGUUUAGCGAUAGGAGCAGCUUUUAGUGCCGGAUUGACAGGAGGAAUUAGUACAUCUGUAGCAGUGUUUUGUCAUGAGCUUCCCCAUGAAUUAGGUGAUUUUGCCGUGCUGCUUAAAGCAGGUAUGACAGUAAAGCAAGCCAUUGUGUACAACCUCCUGUCUGCUAUGAUGGCUUACGUAGGGAUGCUGAUAGGCACAGCUGUUGGACAAUAUGCCAAUAACAUCACUUUAUGGAUCUUUGCAGUCACCGCAGGCAUGUUCCUUUAUGUCGCAUUGGUAGAUAUGCUUCCAGAAAUGCUUCAUGGAGAUGGUGAUAAUGAAGAACAUGGAUAUUGUCCAGUGGGGCAAUUCAUUCUCCAGAAUUUAGGCUUGCUCCUUGGAUUUGCUAUCAUGCUGGUGAUUGCACUGUAUGAAGAUAAAAUUGUGUUUGACAUCCAGUUUUGACCAUUUCCAGAAAUUGCUGUGGUUACGACGUUACUGUAUGGCUUUGAGUCUGCACUGUUGUACUGUAUGCACAUUGCUCAGAGAAAAGGCAGUGGCUUGCACUACUACACAAGUACAGUCUAUUUGUUUCCACAUAGAUUAACUUUUGCUGCUUGCUAACUAAAAUAAGACAUGGUGCUCAUACUGCACCUUCCAAAUUCAAGUGACAGAACUUAAGUAGGAAAUGUUGCAUAUGAAAAGACAACGUUGUGUGUGCUGCACAUGAAGCAUUGUGCAACUGUUUACAAAUCAGCAGGCAGCGAAAGACCUAGUCUGUUCAGGAAAUGUCUUUUCACAUUACAGUUAAACACAAUCCACAAAACAUUAAAGGUGAAAUCCAUUCCUCUGCAAUGGGCCUGCACAAAGUCUAUGUGCUGUGUAAUUCCCACAUAAGGCUUACAUGCCACGUAUACCUCAUGCUAGCCCUCUGCACAAUGGUGGAUGUUACCCUAAGACAAUUAAAUGCUACACUUAGCACCUGACUGGAAAAACUGUGCUUUUUUUGAACUUAAAAAAAAAUCUGUUUAAAACACCUUGGUACACAUUAAACUGCAUUUCAUCAUUCUAAAGUUCGUGUUUAAGGAGGCAGACUGUUGCAAUAUGCACAGGUCUGUGUAAUCGGCUGCGAAGAGCUAUAUUCCAUUGAGAAUCAGUUUUCCUGAUUAAGAUUUAUUUGAUGUUAGCUCCUUGCUAUUGGUAGGAAAAUGAAGUAGCGUUAGUAUUAACUUGGGGAAGUCCCUGAUGUCAGAAGGUUAAUGGGCUAUUCCUGAGUCUUUGCUUGAGAAACUAAACAUUGGGUGCCACUUACAACCUAAACUACUGAUGAAUUGUGGCUGUGAGUUUGUGCAAAUGCACCUCUAACAAAGGAUCCAUAAUGGAAUUUCUCAGUUUUAACAGUUCAAUUUAUUUUGGGAUUCAAAUUUUUUCUCCUUUUUACAGUAAUAUCUUCUGAAAUCCAAUGUACUGAACCCAGAUACAAAGAUUAUAAAAAUAAUGCCCUGUAUAUGUAGUACUGGUGGGUCAUUUAUAAUGCUGUAAUAUCAGGUCUGAAUGUAUUACUUCCAUGCCUUGGCAUCAGAGUUUAUAGCACCAGCCAUUGCAGGCAAUAGACUGUGUGCUAGAAGAGUCCCACUUCCAGCAUAAAGGAGUUAAUAAUUUUUAAUUGUUAUAUCUUAGGUAUCUAGGGUAUAUAAAUGCAGCUGUCAUUAAAUUACCGGUACGUGUGAGUUGGGAGGAUAGGGUGAACCAUCAAAAUCCUUAACCUGCUGGAAUCAGUUUAUCUUUGCUUACUGCCGAGAUGCUUGUAUUGCCAGAUGUGAAUUAGUUUCUUUUCUCCCCCCCUGUCCUAUUAAAAUUGUGAAUUUGUGCGAUGUACAAGCCCUGUGAAUUCUGCAGUCUGAUUUGAUAAUCUAGGACCAAUCCUAAGCAUGGUGGUGGUCUUUUUUUAACUUGCUGUUCUAGUUUUCGUUUUUAUGUAUGCCAGGUAAGCUGUAUUUUGCUGCACACUGUCAAGUUUUGUUUCAGUCUGCUUAGCAUCAGUGUCCUGCUAAAACUGCACUGGUUUAACAUCUUAACGAGCCAGUCAGUAUCGUCAUUCUGGUUUAAAAUUAAUUCCUGUUCCUCUUUACUUUUAACCCUUCAGUUUAUCAAUAUAGUUGUCCCUUUUUCUUGGCCACUUCCUUCCCCCCAGGAACAGUCUGUACAUUUUAAAGGUAUAAGUUGGCUCCUGCGAGUAUCAAGAAACUUGCAUAUACAGUAUUAAGUGUCCAUUCUAUAAAAGUGAAGCAAUCAAAGUCAAGGGUCCAAUUCUGCAGUCCUUGGUGCACAAAACACACUGAAGUCAGUUAGAAUUUUGCACAUAAAAAGUCUAGAUCAGACCCUAAUUAGCACAGACAUCAUCUCAUUUAAUGUUUAGAGUGGAUUUUUGUAACAAAUGCUAGGUAAAAUUUUCAAAAGCAACUAAACGACUUAGGAGUAUAAAGGUAUGUCUACACUACAGUGGCACAGCUGCACUGCUGUUCUGUAGACGCUUGCUACAGCGAUGGUUUUUCUUUCACUAGUAAAUCAAGAGGCAGUGGUUAGGUCACCAGCAGAAUUCUUCGGUCAGUCUAGCAGCGUCUAUACCAGUGCUUAGAUCAGUCUAACUACAUCUCUUAUUUCACACCCCUGACCCAAAGUAGCUAGGUCGAGCUAAGUUUUAGGUGAAGACCAGGCCUUAGGAGCAUAAGUGCCACUGAAUUUCAAUGAGACGGAGGUCCAGAUACUCAAAGAUACUUAGGUGCCUAACUCCUAUUGAAAUCAAUGGGAGUUAGGCCCAGAUCCUCAAAGGUAUCGAGGGGGCUAAGUGCCCAAUUCAUGUUUGAAAAUGGUACUGAGGUACUAACUUUCUAGAAGACCUUUUUCCCACUUGGAAAAACAGGGUCAUAUUAAAACAUUAGGUGUUGCAUUUUCCACUAAGAAUGGAAUUUGUUUCCUUGUUUGCUACUAUUUAUUGUGAUUGUGAAGAGCAAUAUAACAGCUGUGGCUUCUUCUGUAGGUUUCCACCAGUGUUAAUUUCAAACCAAUUCAAUGUAGUUUUAUGUCAAGUUACAGACAAUCUGAAUUUCAGUAUACUUGGCUUCAACAUUCCAUUCUGCUUGAAUACAGUCUCAUUUAACAUGUAUUCGUUGGAGGGCAUAAAUGUUACUUGUAUAUUACAAUGCUGUCACUGUGUGACAUCCCAUAUGAAUUUUGAUGUAGAUCACAUUGCACUCAAUCAGCAGUGAUUAUGCUUAGAAAAUACUAUAGUAGCUAGAUGCAGUGUGAAUUUUUUCCAUUACGGUUUAUAGUUUAAAAAUGUGAUUAUGGUCCUACAAGAUACUUGCUGAGCUAUAAAUCUUUUUUUGUUAUAACUAAAUCAUUUAAAUAAUUUUUAUAAAGCUGGGAAUGAUCAAAUGCUGUUUGGUUCAUUGUCAGCAGUGUUGUGUUCAUUUUAUGUAUGUUCCUUAUUUAUAAGGAGCUUCAGAAAAUAAAAUUAUUCAAGGAGCAAA